GCUGGUGACCAGAGAACCUACAAGGACUCUGAGAUCGCCGAGCAGAAGCAGGAGGCCCGCUUCCACGAGGGCAAGGAGCACUCUCACAAGGCCAACGACUCCAGUAAGAAGAAUCACUCANNGGAUGAGCGUUCCAUCGCCAACAAGCUCGAGCGUGAGGAGAAGCGCGAGAAGGAGGGAGAUGACGAGUCUCUCCAGGCCCAGCAGCUGAAGAAGGAUGCCACCCUUCCCUCGCACGGCAACGAGCCCUCUAAGGGCGCCAAGAUCGACCAGGAGCUCGCUGAGGAGGACGCUGCCGCCCUCAAGGGCAAGGGCUCGUUCGGUCCUCAGUAA